AUGCCUAUGAUCAUGCAGAACUACCGCUCAUUAGGUCUCGCUGUCCUCUCGUUGCUGCCCUUGGCUCUAUCGAUUCCCACCAGUUGUGACUGGCAGAAUGCAAGCAAUAUCACAACCUUGCAAGUCGUACCAGAUACCCAAACCCUAGAGAAUAUCGCUCUUCGGAGCAAUGGCGAUAUCCUUGUGACGUCGGUUGCUUCGCCAACGCUGUUCGGGCUGUCCUCUCAAGGCGAGCAUCCACCAAUCCCGAUUGCUGAGAUCCCCGGAGUCACCGGUCUCCUCGGAAUCACCGAGCUCGAGGAGGACGUCUUUUACGUAGUGGGUUCCAACCUCACGUCGACCGAGAACUCGAACGGGGUGUGGCGUGUCGAUAUCCGCGACUUCCGAGCUGCCCAGAACGGCACCGUCAUCCAGCCGGCUUCAACAUCGUUGGUCACACGAAUCCCAUCAGCUCUGCAACUCAAUGGCAUGGCUCGUCUCGCAUCUAACGAUUCCAAGAAUCUCCUCAUCUCUGAUUCUUCUCAAGGAAAUGUCAUCCGGUUGAACGUCGACACAAGGGCGGUGGAGACGGUCAUCCAGGAGCCCGAGAUGGCCCCAUUGACCACGGGCUUGAGCAUCGGCGUUAACGGCAUUCGGAUUCGCGACAACAAACUCUAUUUCGUGAGCUUGGACCAGGGCCUUUUCGCCGGAGUACCCAUCUCCCUUGGUAGUGGAGCAGCAGUCGGCCCGGUGGAGACACUUGCUUCCAAUAUCACUUUCGGGGACGACUUCGCUUUGUCAGAGGACGGGAGAUGGGCGUAUGUCGCCACGAAUGGCUCUCAAGAGGUCAUCGGGGUUGAUCUAUUCCGUGGGGGGAGGGCAGUUGUUGCCUCCUCUCCUCUGCUUGGAUCCGCUUCCUCGGUGGCUGCACAGCAAGUUGACGGGCGCAGGGUCUUGUAUGUGACCGGUGCCGCACCAUCCGGGAACAGCACGGUUGGGCAUGUCUCCAAGAUAACAUUGGAGUGCAAGGCUUAG